AUGAAAUCCUUUUACUUCAUUUUCCUAGGAGUUAUCCUUAUGGUGUUUUCAUGUAGUGGAUGCACUGCUCCACCGUUCAAGAAUUUGCAAGCCUUAACUGUUCAUCGAAGGAAUUGCAAAGGAGUGGCCAAAAACUCGCAACAAAUUAUAGAAAACUCGGCAAAAGCAUUAUCCCAAAGGAAUAAGCGUCAACGCCUCUCUAAUGCUUUAGAAAAUGUUCCUGGACCUUCGCACGAUUCAGAGCCUGAGGCUCCCAUUAACAUUGAUAUCACUGGAGAGCCAAAUGUACAUGAUGCUCCGGACCAUCCGGUUAUUUCUGCACCAGCAUUUGUUCUACCACCUACUCGGAGUGGCUGUGAACGGAAGUUCCCAAAGCAAUAUGCCGACAUGCUACCGAACUCUUCUACAUAUUUACCACAUCUCCCUCCGGCUCCACCACGGCUACCAAAGGAGCCCUCGAAACGAGCUGAAAAGCUUAGAGCAGCUUCUAGUACCCCUCCACCAGAUCCUAAAGACAUGUAUCUGCGUAGCGAAAUCAAUGAUUUUGGACUAUAUCGUGUUUAUCCCUCGUUUCCCACCUGCGAAGUCAACGAAUCUGAUGAUCUUGACAACUUAUGUGAUGCACCAGGUCUGGCCACAGCAAGCGGCAAAUCAAAAACACGAUGGUGGAAGUCAUUUGGCAUCAAUUCCGUGGAUACAACUUCUCAGAAUGUUAGUCUUUUCACGCCAUUUAUGAACGCCACAAUAUUUCGUCUGGUCAACUGGUUUUAUUCUGGGUCAAACCUCAAGUCGGCUGGUGAAUUGGACCGUCUGGUUAAAGAUGUACUCCUGGCCGAUGACUUCGACAAAAACCACCUCAAAAACUUUAGUGCCAAACGAGAGUUUAGUCGCCUCGAUGAAACUGACGCUCAAUUCCCUAUUUCUUCGAGCAAUACCUGGAAAACAUCAACUGUCAAGCUCUCUUUACCUGCCGAAAAUGUCCCACAUUGUGCUGAAUCAGAGGCUCCUGUUCUGGAGGUUCCAAAUGUACACCAUCGAAGUCUUGUAGAGGUUAUAAAGUCUGCCUUGGAAGACGAGUCGACAAACAAUUUUCAUUAUACUCCCUUUUGUCUUUUUUGGCAACCAACCAAGGAAAGCACUCCUGAACGAGUCGUUUCAGAGCUAUACAACUCGGAGGCAUUCUACGAAGAGCAUGUGCGACUACAGCAGCAACCUCGAGAGCCUGGAUGUACUCUAGAGGUUGCCAUUGCCGGGCUGAUGCUGUGGUCAGACUCGACACACCUUGCACAGUUUGGAAAUGCCUCAUUGUGGCCCAUUUAUCUCUUUUUUGGAAAUCAAUCGCAAUAUUUUCGUGCCAAACCCAAAAACUUUGCCGCCCAUCAUGUCGCCUACAUUCCCUCGCUCCCAAAUUUCCUGCAGGAUAUUUAUAUGAAAGCUUUUAAUGGUCUUGCAGCAUCUGCAGCUACAAUAACUCACCUCAAGCGUGAGCUCAUUCAAGCAAUUUGGCUUCUAUUGCUCGAUCCUGAGUUUAUGCACGCGUAUGAACACGGAAUUGUGAUCAAAUGUAGCGAUGGUAUAGUUCGGCGGAUCUUUCCACGAUUUUUUACCUACUCAGCUGACUAUCCGGAGAAGUAA